AUGGCUUUCCUUUCCUCUCCAUUGGGACUUGGUGUCUCCAUAAUAGCCAUUCUUGUCGGGGCUAUCAUCUUUGCCAACAAGAAGCCAAAAUUCCCGAUUAUCAACAAAUACUCCAAAGACUUCUUCCACCGUCAGGCGAAUCACGAGUACAAGACCAACGCCAGAAAGCUACUCAAAGAUGGUGCUGCCAAGCAUGGCGAGAACCCCUUUGCCAUCUUGGUCCCAAACGGUAUCAAGACAAUUCUGCCACCUUCUUGUGUCGGUUGGGCCAAGAACAACAAAGACCUAGACCACCAGCAACUCGCCAGAGACGAAUACUUUGCUAGCUACCCUGGUUUCGAUGUUCAGCAUGUCUUGCAUCACCCGAAUAGGAUGGUCAUCAACAUGGUCCAGGGAAAGCUAUCCAAAACUGACAAGACUCUGCCUAUCAUGAAUGAACACAUUAAGACAGGUUUGUCUGAAAUUUGGGGAGAGAACAAGUCUUGGAAGACACUCAACUGGGAAGAUGGAACUACUGGAGUUAUUUCUCGUGCAGCUGCAUCCAUCUUUGUCGGACCGGAACUCGCUGCUGACCCAGAAUGGCAAAAGGUGUCGAGGGCUUAUGUUUUGGAUUACUUUGGAGCUGUUGGGGAAAUGCAUUUAUGGCCCUCGUGGUUGAGAUGGCUGGUUGUUUGGUAUCUUCCUGGUGCCUCAACUUGCCGUGCUGGUCUGAAGCGAGCGCGUGAGAUGGUGAACAAGGUCGUUCAGAAAAGACGACAAGAGGAAGAGCAGGCGAAGCUCAACGGAAAGGAGGCUCCCGCUUACUACGAUGCCCUUGCUUGGACUCUUGAAUCGCCGCUCGGAAAUGAGUUUGAACCUGCGGAUGUUCAGCUUGCUCUGGCCAUGGCCGCUCUAUUUACCACUUCAGAGCUUUUUAGACAGAUUCUCAUUGAGAUUGCUCGUCGCCCUGAGGUUGCUAAGCAUCUGAGACAAGAGAUCGAGGACGCCGCACCGAAUCACGACUUUACCGCUGCGUCGCUCGUCAAAAUGCAGUUACUCGAUAGUUUCAUGAAGGAAACCCAGAGACAAAUCCCCUUGCUAGUGAUAUUGGAGAGAUUGGUCAUCCGCGACACCCGGCUUCCCGACGGUACUCUUCUCGAGAAAGGUACGCACAUCGCCAUCGAUUCUCGAGAGAUGUACGAUCCCGCCAAGUUCGAGAACCCCGAAAAGUUUGAUGCUUGGCGUUUCUACAAACGACGACAAGCUGGUGAUAACACAAGCCUGUUCGUGCAGUCAAGCCCGGAGCAUGCUCAGUUCGGUAUGGGCAAGCACCUGUGCCCUGGAAGGUUUUUUGCUGGCAGCGAGUUGAAGCUUUGCCUGGCUCACAUCAUACUCAAGUAUGACCUUAGAUUGAAGGACGGGUGCUUUGGAAAACCUAUGCAGUUUGGCUUUUUGAGUGCGACUGAUCCAUAUACCCAGCUGGAGGUUCGGAGAAGAUAG